GCCACUCUUUGGAAGAUGAGGACAAGGAAACCUCCCUGCCCGGUAGAAAAAGUGUGGGUAGACAAGCACAAAUACGAUGAAGCAGAGAGACUGCAUUACGAAAGAGAAGCGAUGCUAGCUGCUGCGGCCCCCGAGGAGUGCCAGGAGGUGGAGGCUGUAAACGGAGUCUGCAAUGAUGACUCUGUUGACAGUGAAUUCAAGGGAGACCUGAAGAGAGCAAGGAAUGGAAAGAAACAAAGGAAACGGAAGCGUUCGCCAAAACCCAAAAAUGUGGCCUCCAAGUUAGACUCUAUUUUGUCUGGUUUGUUAGCUGACCAUGUGUGGUUUGACAAGCCUUUCUACGACCACGCUGAGAACAUCUACAGGCAAAAAAUAGUGGAUUGUCAGAAGGAGGAGGCGCCUGAGACUGCACUAACUGCUGAGCAGUCCCCUUUAGUGGCCAGGUCAAAAGCUGUCCAAGAUGUUCCUAAGCCAAGGAUGCUUUCAGCAGCCCUGUCCUGCUCCCACGGUAGCCUGUCUGCCUGUCACCAUGUCAUUCAGGAUGUCUGGGUCAACAAGUUUGACUUUGAUAAGGCCGAGGAGGUGUUUGUUGAAAAAUCUCAGUUCUUUGUUCCUCCAAAUGUCCUAACCAUCCCAUCUGUGUGGUCGAACACUGGCAACGUCGGGCUGAGAACGCCGGAUGAGGGCUACGUUACAGCCCUGCCUACUCCUGCUACGCCAAGCUUAACUCCAGAUGUCGUUGCUGAUUCUGCUUCUUCCUUCGUUACCAGUUUGUCUGGUGCUGUACAGCAGACGGUAAAUGGUAAGCCACAGAUUUCAAGCUUUCAGGCUCUCAUGUCAGAGGUGUGGUUAGAGAAACCUCUCUAUGACGAUGCCGAGAAGAGCUUCUACGAGAACAUGUUUGAUGGGCAUCCGUCGGGCAAAGAUGAACAGCAGCAACGCGGCUGCCCCGAAGCACUGAAGAACCACCAUGAGGACAGGAAGAACCACGGCGCUGGAAAACAAGCGGGCAUCGAACACGUGGAGAUUGCCACCAACUCUCUGCUUCCCAGUGAUGCUGAGCAACCUCCGCCUACCUGCUUUUUUCUGCACGAGGACAGCGAAACUGUGUGGCUUAAUAAGCCGACGUAUGACCGUGCUGAGUCUCGAUACUAUGCAGCCGAGGCUCUGAAAAUGUCAAGAGCGGGAGAGAGUACGGGGACGCAGGAAUCUGCAGUAGUAAAACCCUCCCAACCAGCUCCUUGUGCUUCAAGUGUACCUGCGCCAGAAACAAAAAAAAUGGCAGUCGACUACUUUAUGCAUGAGAAGAUCUGGUUUGAGAAAUACAAGUAUGACGAUGCUGAGAGAAGAUACUACGAGCAGAUGAACGGGCCGGUUAGCAGCUCUUCGCACCAGCAGGAGAACGGAGCCAGCACGAUCCUACGCGACAUUGCCAGAGCCAGGGAGAAUAUCCAGAAAUCGCUGGCCGGACAGAAGACAGCUCCUCGUAGCAAAGAAGCUCCUUCUGCCCGUCCCAAGAGGCAGUCAGGCCGCUCAACUAGCGCAAGCACAACCUCUUCUGGGCCUGCUGGGGACCAAAAUGAGCUCCUCUCCAGAAUUUCUCACCUGGAGGUAGAAAAUCAAAACCUUUGCAGUGUUGUGGCAGACCUUCAGCUGGCCAUUUUCAAGUUGGAAAGCCGCCUGAAUGCUCUGGAAAAGUCAUCUACCUCCCACCAGCCCUCACCGGUUCCUCCAACCCAGGUGAGCCUUGGCAAAAUGCUGUUCUCCAAUGCUUCACAAAGUGCCAGGUUCUUUCAGAGGUCUCCUGGCUGUCUGAAGAUGAAGAGGUGCUCAGAGUUAGGAUGUGUUUGCAGGUUUUCCAGCAGUUUCGGCAGCUGCCUCGUCAUCUUUCCCAAAAAAGUACGUGUAGAGAGGAGUUUUCUGCCCUAAGACCAGCAAAGAAGC